ACAGUUUCAAUAAUAAGUUUGAGUGAACGUUGCUAUUGUUUUUCAGUUUGGCCGAAACGGACGUUUCUUUCCCACGACUGACACGCGGCAGAGUCUUUUCCCCCAACCCACGCACGCACUCGCGAGUCGCGGACACGGACGGAUCCUAACGGGCAUGAUGUCUGCGGUGCAAAUCACGCACGGAUUCGUCGCUCUGGAGGACGGCGGGGAGCAGCUGUUCUACCGGCGCGCUGAGCCCUCCGGAGCGCCAGGGGGCGCCGGCGUGUUGCUGCUCCACGGGAUCCGCUUCUCAUCCGAGAACUGGCAAAACAUCGGCACGCUGGAGGCACUGGCUAAAGCGGGUUUCGUCGCGGUGGCCGUCGACCUGCCCGGUCUGGGCAACUCCAAGGCGGCCAAGGCCCCUGCUGCCAUCGGAGAGCUGGCCCCCGGCAGCUUCCUGAAGCGGGUGGCGGAGGCGCUGCGGCUGAGCCAAGUGGUCGUGGUGAGCCCGUCCCUCAGCGGCAUGUACUCCCUGCCCUUCCUCUUCGAUCACGGUGCCCUGCUGAAGGCCUACGUCCCCGUGGCGCCCAUCUGUACCGAGAAGUUCACUGCUGAGCAGUACCACAGCGUCCAGACUCCUGCUUUGAUCGUUUAUGGAGACCAGGACGCUCAGCUGGGUGAGCUGUCUCUGAACAACCUGAAGAACCUGGCCAAUCACAAAGUGGCUGUGAUGAAGGGGGCGGGGCACCCUUGUUACCUCGACAACCCCGAAGAGUGGCACAGCAUACUGCUGCAGUUCUUGCGUGCGCUGUGACGGUCUCUGUGACGAAUGUGAACAGAGCCAUUAAGUCUCUGCCGUGAAUACUCUAUUUUAUUUUCUUUUUACCGGUUGAUUUCACUUAAAGGAAAAAUGCAGCAAUGAAUAGAAGAACUUAGGCUUUUGAAACACAUCUGUCCAACAUGUAUUGUUUCUUUUUGGGAAUGCUCUAUUGAAGGACCAGAUUUUGCUCAUUUUUAAUUGUCUGAUACAGAGCACACUUAUUCUCCCAGAGGGACUAAAAUAUUAAAAUACCGGGCCGAUAAUGAAGGGUAUUAAGCACACCUGAUAGACACAGAUCUGUGAGAUUGCGUGGCCAGUGUGCAGUUCACUUUGUAACUUCUGAGAGCGACAGCACUGCUGCCCCACGUGUUUACUUUUGUAUGGUUAAAAAAAAAAAAAAAAAA